UUCCACAGGUAAUAUUGCAUGUUGCCCCAGGGCGAACUCCCCCUGUUGGUAUCUGAGUGAUCCCUGCUGGGCCUUCAUUCAGCAUCGGCACAGCCCACGUUCUAUUGAUGGCCUGUUGUGAUUUCAAUGGAACAUCAUGGGAUGUAUCUGGCACGGCGGGCAGCACUGGAUGGAGGUGCCUUUAGCCCCGUGUACCUGGCAUGGUGAUAAAGUGAAAGGGGAAAGGAAGAGAAGGUGGAGAUGGAACUGCCAAAUCAUGCCAAACAACUGCUUCUGCAGCUGAAUCAGCAACGAGCCAAAGGUUUCCUCUGUGACGUGAUCAUCGUAGUUGAAAAUGCCCUCUUUCGUGCCCACAAGAACAUCCUGGCAGCCAGCAGCAUGUAUUUCAAAUCCCUCGUCCUACACGACAACCUGAUAAACUUAGAUACGGACAUGGUCAACCCCACUGUGUUCCGUCAGAUCUUGGACUUUAUUUAUACUGGGAAGCUCUUAAUGACUGACCAGCCCGGUGAACAGAACUUUAAUGCUCUCCUCACCGCAGCAAGCUACCUCCAACUACAUGACCUAGCAGCCCUUUGCCGAAAGAAGCUGAAACGCAAUGGGAGGUCUUUCGCUGGCAGGGCCGGCGGCGCCCCCAGUGUCGGGAGACCUCCGCGGAGUCAGAGACUUUCCACUGCUUCAGUCAUAACUCGUUAUUCAGGGUCAACUGAGGGGAUGAAGGGCUCUCACUCAAAGGAGAUGCCAAAGGGAAAGAUCUCAGAUGAUGAGGUCUUCAUCAGCAGUUCCAACCAAGAAAACUCUCAUGCUUUGAAUAGGGGGAUCGGUAAGAAUGGUGGAGACGGGAGCAAUAGCAGUGCUAAUGGGAGCAGCGGAGAUCAGGAGCUUGGCCUUGACCUAUCCAAGAAAAGCCCCUCACUCCCUACGGCGGCAUCCCUGGAUGACAUGCAGCACAGCGAAAGCCAGCGUGGUUCCCCCCGACCUGCCUCAGCCCCCGCAGCCAACAGUGCCUCAUUGUUCGAUGAAUCCGCCACCGGAGCCCCACCAAACCUAGCUGACAACUGCGAACCCAUGGAAAUGGACUUGAAUGAGGACCGCCAGUCCCUCCCGGAAGGCAACCAGCGGAAGAGCCUGCGUCACUCAUCGCGCAAGAAGGAGUGGAUCAAGAAGGACAAUGCCUUUGACAGGAAGGAGGGUGGCAAAGGUACGGAAGAAAGCGAGGGGCUCCCCAACGGCAUUUUGAUGGGUCCCUUGUGUAAGUCAGCAGAGCGGAGUCUGGGACUGGGAGCCUAUGGGGCAGAGUUGCCAUUUCCAUGCAAAGAGGAAGUGGAGAACGGCAAGGAGAACAGUGAUGAGAGCGGGCAGAGCGAAAGCGAGAGCGGCGGGCACACCAGCGCCAACUACGUCUACCGGCAGGAAGGCUACGAGCCAGUGGCCUUCGGGGACAACCUCUACGUCUGCAUCCCUUGUGGAAAGGGCUUCCCUAGCUCCGAGCAGCUGAACGCCCACGUGGAAACGCACACAGAGGAAGAUCUUUACAUCAAAGAAGAAGGGACGUAUGAUGACAAAGAGGAGGAAGCGGAGGAUUUGUCCAAUCCCAACCAACCCUACACCUCAGAAUCCCGGCCCUUCAAAUGUUCCGUGUGCGAGAAGAGCUACAAAGAUCCGGCCACUCUCCGGCAGCACGAGAAGACUCACUGGCUGACGCGGCCUUUCCCUUGCAAUAUCUGUGGCAAGAUGUUCACCCAGCGGGGCACCAUGACGCGGCACAUGCGCAGCCACUUGGGCCUCAAGCCCUUUGCUUGCGAGGAGUGCGGGAUGCGCUUUACCCGGCAGUACCGACUGACAGAGCAUAUGCGUGUCCACUCAGGGGAAAAGCCCUACGAAUGUCAACUGUGCGGCGGGAAGUUUACCCAACAGCGCAACCUUAUCAGCCACCUCCGGAUGCAUAGCUCUCCUACAUAAGCCAAAGACUCUGCAAUGAGUUCUGAGCCCACCCGCCAUGAACAUACCUUUCCCUAGACUUGCUGCUUUAAAACAAAAUUAUAUAUAUAUAUAUAUAUAAGGGCCAUUCCCUUCCCUGUUCAGUCAUGGGAGGCCUCAACCAAACAGAGCUUUAUUUCUACCCCACCCCCAAAAACCAUAAAGAAAAUCAGUCCACGUUGAAGCUGCUGCCUCUCCCCCCAUUUUAUACUUUCUUUGCCCAAUAGGUCAGAUUGUAGCCAGAAAUGCCACUAUUCAGCUAGGCUGUGUGGGGAUAUAUAGUUUAACUGUGAGCCCCGUUGUGGGGGGUGUGAGAGAGGGUGUCCUUCCAGGUUGAUAUGAAUCGGAAAUGUGGCGAAAAGGUUGAUCUUUG